GGCGGCGCCACCUCCCUCACCGGCGCCUCCACACCCCACCUUCCUUGCUAGCAUGCAGACGCAUGCACAAUCCCGAAUGUAUCGACCAGGAAAAAACAUCUCAUUCAAAACCCGAACGUUCGUUCCAUGAACGUUAAUUAUUUGCGCGUUUCUAUCCCCAGGCUCAUUGCUAGAAUAAUCUAGAACUACAAACAAACAGAAACUCCCUGAUCUCAUUUUCAUUUUUCACACUCAAAACUUCCUCCCCAAGACUGUAUGUCAUUUUGCUUAGCAUCAACUUUCUUCAAAUCCAAUCAGGUUGGGGUGAUUUAAUUCAUCUUUCAAAGUUGAAAGCACGCGAUUGGGUCCGCUGAGAAAAUGACGUCGAGCAUCGUCAAGGACAUCCUGGCGAGCCCGAUACAGAUGGCGGACCAGGUGAUCAAGCUGGCCGACGAAGCCCAAACAUUCAAACUAGAAUGUUUAGAGCUCAAGGCCAAAACGGAGAAACUCAUUGCCUUGCUCCGGCAAGCCGCGAGGGCCAGCAAUGACCUCUACGAACGGCCAACACGGCGCAUCAUCGACGACACAGAACAAGUCCUCGAGAAGGCCCUGCAACUGGUCGACAAAUGCCGCGGUAACGGCCUCAUGAAACGACUCUUCACCAUCAUACCCGCGACGGCGUUUCGCAAGACGUCGAUGCAGCUCGAGAAUUCCCUCGGAGACAUACAAUGGCUCCUUCGCGUGUCUAUUUCCGCCGACGAGCGCGACGACGAGUAUCUGGGUCUGCCCCCAAUCGCCGCCAACGAGCCCAUCUUGUGUCUAAUCUGGGAGCAGAUAGCAAUAUUGCUCACGGGGUGUUCCAUGGAAGAUCGCUCGGACGCUGCGGCUUCCUUGGUCUCUUUGGCUCGAGACAACGACAGGUACAACAAGUUGAUUAUUGAGGAGGGUGGUGUUCCGCCACUUUUGAAAUUGUUGAAAGAAGGGCAUGUAGAGGGUCAGGAAAACGCAGCGAGGGCGAUUGGGUUGCUUGGGAAAGACCCAGAAAGCGUGGAACAGAUUGUGAAUGCUGGGGUUUGCACAGUGUUUGCGAAAAUCCUCAAAGAAGGUGACAUGAAGGUUCAGGCGAUGGUGGCUUGGGCUAUCUCGGAAUUAGCAUAUCAUCACCCAAAGUGUCAGGAUCACUUUGCUCAGAACAAUUGCAUACGCUUGCUGGUCAGGCAUCUCGCCUUUGAGACCAUCCAGGAACACAGCAAGUAUAGCAUUGCCAGUAAACAAAGCAUGUCGUCGAUUCAUUCGGUCGUGUUGGCCAGUAACGCUCAGAACCAGAACGAUCAUCAUGACAAGAAAACUAUGCUUGAAGACAACGAUAAUAAGCAUCAUCAGAUUGCUCGCCCUGUGGGGAACCAAUCAUCCAACCAAAUGCACAAUCUAGUUACCAACACAAUGGCCAUGAAACACCAACCAAAUGGGCACGCACAUGUUUCAAUUGCAGGAACAAGUAUGAAGGGAAGGGAGGCUGUGGAUCCAGUUAUAAAGGCCCAAAUGAAGGCCAUGGCAGCUAAAGCGCUGUGGCAACUAGCAAAGGGGAAUAUUACUGUCUGUCGCAGCAUCACUGAAUCGAGGGCUCUUUUGUGUUUUGCUGUUCUGCUGGAGAAGGGACCUGAUGACGUUAAAUCCUUUUCGGCUUUUGCUUUAAUGGAGAUCACGGCUGUGGCAGAGCAGCACGCAGAGUUGAGACGUUCAGCUUUCAAACCCAAUUCCCCUGCUGCAAAAGCCAUGGUGGAUCAGCUUCUUAGGAUCAUUCAAAAAGGGGAAUCCGAUCUUCUGAUACCUUGCAUCAGAUCGAUAGGUCACUUGGCGAGGACUUUCAGAGCAACAGAAACGAGAAUCAUAGCACCAUUGGUGAGGCUGCUUGAUGAAGUAGAAUUCGAACUCGAGGUUCGACUGGAAUCCGCAAUUGCACUUACCAAGUUUGCUUGUACUGAGAACUUUCUGCACGAGACUCACUGCUCGGCCAUAAUAGAAGCAGGAGGAGCAAAGCUCGUGAUUCAAAUGAUUUUAUUUGGGGACCAAGUGAUCCAUAAGAUUUGUGCGUUGAAACUUCUGGCUUAUGUGGCAAUGCACGUGCCCAAAAGUGAGACGCUUGCCAAAGACGAAGUUCUUGGAGUUUUGGAGUGGGGUAGGAAGAACUCGCAACUGAAUCAAGAUCCGCUCAUUGACGACCUUUUAGAGCAAGCCACGGGUAGAUUGGAACUGUAUCAAGCAAGAGGUACACGAGGAUUCCACUGAUUAUCGAUCGAGCUUUAUUUAAACUUCGAAAUGGACAGACGUUUUUGGGGUUCCCUUUUCGACUUACUCUCUAACAUGGAUCAAAAAUCAAAGUGUGUGUGUGUGUGUGUAUAACUUAGCAAAUGGUUUGGGUGAUUACCCUUUUGUGAAUUAAUUUAGAAGAAGAUCCCAGCUUUGUUACACUUUUACGUUUCUUGUCGUCCUGAUCUAUAGUCCCUCUCCUCCUCCAUCCUUGUGCAGCAUGCCUCGUGAUUCUCUGUUGUAAAGUAUUCAAUUGAAGAGCCAACAUUGGCCCCAGGCCUUUUCAUACAAUGGGUCUUUUUGUAGGAUAUACUACGCCUUUUUAAUAUU